UUUUAUUCCACUUUGAAUAAACACAGAAAAAUGACUGAAGCAACUCAACAACCAAAUGAAAAUACAAAUACUACAAACACAACAUUUUAUAUUGAACAUCAACGCGUUUCUGUUAAUGAUAUUGGUAAUCAUGUUGGUGAUGCAAAUCCAAGAUUUGGAGUUGUUAGAGAUCGAUUAUUUCAUGCAAUGCUGGUCCGCCUUUCACUUCCCUACUACACAAAUUUUCCUCCACUUUUUCGAAGAAUUUUUGAAUUUCUUACCUUAUUUAAUGCUCUAGUUUUCUUAUCAAUUUUAAUUUAUACUCAUUUUCUUGCUGCACAUUAUCCUGCAAGUUGUUUAAAUGAAAUAAAACAGACUUGGCCAUUGAAGGGAAUUGUAAGGAUUGAGAUUGUUCACGAUAAUUUGCCAAAAUUUAAAAAUUAUAUGUUAAGAACUAUUGAUAAAGAAGAGCAAUCUUCUGGUAUCUGUCGAUUCGAUGAAGAUUUCUAUACGUGUUUUUUGAAUCCUGCUGAAGUUUUAAAAGGAUAUGGUUUACCUUCUGAAUUAAAAAAUCCAUUUAAAACUGUUGAUCCAAAAAAUUUACUUAUUACUUCACAGCCCGAUCGUGUUAAACGUCCAAGAAAAUUUUUAUUUCCAUUUAUGGUUGAUUAUUUUUAUUGGGUGAUGGAUAAAUUUCGAAAAUUUCAACAAAUUUUUGAUGAAGAUUCAAGUUCGAAUGAAUAUUUCCCUAUUUAUAGCAAUUUAUUUGAAUUUUCUCUUCAUUAUGGACUUUUACGUUUAAAUUCGGAAAUGCGUCAAGAAUUGGGAGUUAAUAUUAUGGAUGUCCAGCUUGAUAUUCGAAAAGAUAAAUGUUUGAAAGAUUGGAGAGACAAACCUUUAAUGCGUUUAUUAAUUGGAAUAGAUGAGUUGGUUAUGUCUUCAGUUAAACAACUUUCUGAAAAUCAAACAGAGAGAGGUUAUUUACGAGACUUAAUUAACGGAGAACUAUAUCAUUUUGUUAAUGUUGGAGAAACUUCUGCAAGUAGAUAUUUGACAGCAUUGUUUGUUAUGCUUAUUUUUACAUUUGCAAUUUCAAUGCUUCUUCGAUUUAGUCAUGAUCAAAUUUUUGUUUUUAUUGUUGAUUUAUUUCAAAUGUUUGAACAAAAUCAACCUUUAAUUUUCCCUAUUGCUCCUCUUUUAACUGUUAUUUUGGCAUUAGUUGGAAUGGAAGCAAUAAUGAGUGAAAUAUUUAAUGAUACAACAACUGCUUUUUAUGUUAUUUUAUUUGUUUGGAUGGCUGAUCAAUAUGAUGCAAUAUUUUGCCAUUCAUCAAUUGGAAGGCGUUAUUGGUUGAGAUUUUUCUACCUCUACCAUUUUGCUUUCUAUGCUUAUCAAUAUCACUACAAUGGUAAAUUGUUUUCAGAAAUUUUUUUAAAUACCUAUAAAGGUGUGUAUAGCAGUUUAGCUUUGUUAACUUCAGCUGCAUUUACUCUGCAUUCGAUGGUUUAUUUUUUCCAUCAUUACGAACUUCCAUAUAUUAUAUAUCAAGAACGCUUAAUUAAUGCAGUUAGACGUAUAAAUACUGAGAAUGGAGAUGGAAAUGUUGAUUUGGUUAGAAUUAGACAAGUGAAUGAAAAUCGAACAGCUAGAAUAACUUCACAAAAUGGAAAUAAUACUUUAAGAAAUACAAAUAUUGAAAAUAGGUCAAGCAAUGAUGUGUCAACUACUAUUAGAGGAGCAGUGGAAAUCUUGGAAAAUAUUGCUUCAAAUGAACCAAAUGAUCAAGAUAUUCCAACAUCUUCAAGUAAUUUUGAAAACAAUUUGGAGCAAACAAAUGAAAGUUUAACAACAAGUGUUGCUGUUGAAAAUCAAAGUUUUUCGUCCAAUCUACCAUCAGUUGAAAAUAUGGCCAAUUCUAUUGUUGAUGAAGCAAUACAAGAAGCAGAAUCAUUUGUUUCAUCUUUAGAAACACAACGAAGGCUUCAAAAUAUUUAA